GCGGAUGACGUAGAAGCGCUCUAGUAUCUUUGCUGCGACGGUCUGCUGCCACUAGCAAGGUUCCUAUCGAUCUCUAGCUUCGUAGUAAAGAUGUCUGAUAUGGAAGAUGACUUCAUGUGCGAUGAUGAAGAGGAUUAUGAUCUGGUAAACUCCUCAGAAGAAUACUCAGAGGACAGCAACUCUGAGCCCAAUGUUGAUUUAGAGAAUCAAUACUACAAUUCAAAGGCUUUGAAGGAGGAUGACCCCAAAGCAGCUCUCAUCAGCUUCCAGAAGGUCUUAGAGCUGGAGGGUGAGAAAGGAGAAUGGGGUUUCAAGGCCUUGAAACAGAUGAUUAAGAUUAACUUCAAACUGACAAAUUUCCCUGAAAUGAUGAACAGGUACAAGCAGCUGUUGACAUACAUCCGGAGUGCAGUUACAAGAAACUAUUCUGAAAAAUCCAUCAAUUCCAUCCUUGAUUAUAUCUCAACGUCAAAGCAGAUGGACUUGCUGCAGGAGUUUUAUGAAACAACGUUGGAUGCAUUAAAGGAUGCCAAAAACGACAGGCUUUGGUUUAAAACCAACACUAAACUUGGGAAGUUGUACCUGGAGAGAGAAGAGUAUGGUAAACUUCAGAAGAUCCUGAGGCAGCUGCACCAGUCCUGUCAGGUGAAGAAACACUCCUCAUCAAUGCAAUCAGAGGUUUUCACAGAGGUCUUUACAGAGACGGAUGACGGUGAGGAUGACCUGAAGAAAGGCACCCAGCUCUUGGAGAUCUAUGCUCUGGAGAUCCAGAUGUAUACGGCCCAGAAGAACAACAAGAAGCUGAAGGCGCUGUAUGAACAGUCUCUACACAUCAAGUCUGCCAUCCCUCACCCUCUCAUCAUGGGAGUCAUCAGAGAGUGUGGAGGUAAAAUGCAUUUGAGAGAAGGGGAGUUUGAGAAGGCUCACACAGACUUCUUCGAGGCGUUUAAGAACUACGAUGAAUCAGGAAGUCCCCGACGAACCACCUGUCUAAAGUACCUGGUGUUGGCCAACAUGCUGAUGAAGUCUGGAAUCAACCCCUUCGACUCACAGGAGGCUAAACCCUAUAAAAAUGAUCCAGACAUCCUUGCAAUGACUAACUUGGUCAGUUCCUACCAGAACAAUGACAUCACAGAGUUUGAGAAGAUCCUGAAGACCAAUCACAGUAACAUAAUGGAUGAUCCGUUCAUAAGGGAACAUAUAGAAGAGUUAUUACGAAAUAUAAGGACGCAAGUGCUUAUCAAAUUAAUCAAGCCUUACACGAGAAUACACAUACCUUUUAUUUCCAAGGAAUUAAACAUUUAUGUCUGCGACGUGGAAAGCCUCCUAGUUCAAUGCAUUCUAGACGGCACGAUCAACGGCCGCAUCGACCAAGUCAACCAACUGUUGGAGCUGGAUCACCAGAAGAGGAAUGGAGCCCGAUACAUGGCUUUAGAUAAAUGGACGAAUCAGCUGAAUACUCUCAACCAGGCCAUCGUCAGCAAACUGGCCUAAUCAGUAGUGUAACUGAAAAAGUUACUAAUUCGAUGUUGAGGAGCGGAGGAGGAGGAGGAGGAGGAGGGGGGGGGGGGGGGUGGUGUAUAUAUCAACAUGAGUAGUGAGUUAACCCAAUUCGUCUCAUUUACAGUAGCAGUAAGCUUCCUUUUCAAGAUGACAGUAAUAGACUGAUGAUCUCCACAGCUUCCAAUAUCUAAUUUACAGUCACUUCCUGUGAUGUAACAGAUUAUUUAAAGGUAGAAGUCAAGAGGUGCCUGUUACCCAGCUUGUGUUUCUUGGCCUGGGUCCACUCUACUGGUCACAGAUUAAUAGUCCUGAACUAAGGAGCAAGCUCAAUGAGAGUUUUUAGGAGUCAAACUCCUCUUAAUCUGUGGGAAACCGGUCCCUAGUGUCCCAAAACCAACACAGAAGACUGUAAAAAUCCAUUUACUAUCGUGAAACAUGUCCGCUCUACCACAGUAUUGCCCCCUUCUAAUGAAAUGUGAAUACGAAAAUGUAUUGAAGCAUUAAUGAUGGUGAGCAGUGAGAAGGUUUCAUGUCAAAAUCAGCAAUGGCUUUUUCUGCAAGAUGUCCAGUGAUUGGCUGUACAGUCUUUCAUAAAAGGGAGCUCCAGAUGUCCAGUGAUUGGCUGUACCAUCUUUCAUAAAAGGGAGCUCCAGAUGUCCAGUGAUUGGCUGUACCAUCUUUCAUAAAAGGGAGCUCCAGAUUUCAUGUGGUACAUUGUUGUGACACUGUUAAAAACACAUUUUAUCUUUUGUUUUGUUACCGAAAUAAAAAAGGUAAUUUUUGCUUCACUCUAACUUUUACUUAGUUUUAUUUAUUUUAUAAAUCAUGUGGAGCCAUCCGGUGACUGAUCUGUCAGCAACAACCAGAGGUGUAAUGGUGACGUGGGCAUAUCCUAAUUUUGCCAAAAAUGUCCCAAGCCCGUCUGCCCGGCAAAGGGAAAGUAUUCAGACCCCUUGACUUUCUUCACAGUUUUUUAACUCGUCAAUCUACACACAAUACCCCAUAAUGACAGAUUUGUAUAAUUAUUUUUUAGAUUUAAAAAAAAAAAAUAUUAACUGCAAUAUCACAUUUACAUAAGUAUUCAGACCCUUUACUCAGUACUUUGUUGAAGAACCUUUGUCAGCGAUUACAGCCUCGAGUCUUCUUUGGUAUGACGCUACAAGCUUGGGACACCUGUAGUCCAGGUGCGACACAACUAGGGCCUGUAGGACCUGCCUUGUUGAUAGUGUUGUUAAGAAGGUAGAAACUAGGGCCUGUAGGACCUGCCUUGUUGAUAGUGUUGUUAAGAAGGUAGAAACUAGGGCCUGUAGGACCUGCCUUGUUGAUAGUGUUGUUAAGAAGGUAGAAACUAGGGCCUGUAGGAUCUGCCUUGUUGAUAGUGUUGUUAAGAAGGUAGAAACUAGGGCCUGUAGGACCUGCCUUGUUGAUAGUGUUGUUAAGAAGGUAGAAACUAGGGCCUGUAGGACCUGCCUUGUUGAUAGUGUUGUUAAGAAGGUAGAAACUAGGGCCUGUAGGACCUGUCUUGUUGAUAGUGUUGUUAAGAAGGUAGAGCAUCACUUUAUUAUGGACAGACUUCUCCCCAUCUUAGCUACUGUUGUAUCAAUAUGUUUUGACCAUGACAGUUUACAAUCCAGGGUUACUCCAAGCAGUUUAGUCACCUCAACUUGCUCAAUUUCCACAUUAUUCACAAUGAGAUUUAGUUGAGGUUUAAGGUUUAGUGAAUGAUUUGUCCCAAAUACAAUGCUUUUAUUUUUGUAAAUAUUUAGGACUAACUUAUUCCUUGCCACCCAUUCUGAAAGUAACUGCAGCUCUUUGUUAAACGUUGCUGUCAUUUCAGUCGCUGUAGUAGCUGACGUGUAUAGCAUUGUAUCUGGUCAAACACAACGUUUUCCAGAAGUUUGCUACGGGUUGGUAACAGGCUGAUUGGUCGGCAGUUUGAGCCAGUUAAGGGGGCUUUACUAUUCUUCAGUAGGGGAAUGACUUUAUCUUCCCUCCAAGCCUGAGGAACCCUUUCCUGUAGGCUUAAAUUGAAGAUGUGGCAAUAUCAUCCGCUAUUAUCCUCAGUCAUUUUCCAUCCAGGUUAUCAAACCCUCGGUGGCUUGUCAUUCUUUGAUAGACAAUUUUUUUCACCUCUUCCACACUCACUUUACGGAAUUCAAAAUUUCAAUGUUUGUCUUUCAUAAUUUGGUCAGAUAUACUUGGAUGUGUAGUGUCAGCGUUUGUUGUUUGCAUGUUAUGCCUAAAUUUGCUAAUCUUGCCAAUAAAAAAAUAAUUACAGAAGUUAGCCAUA